AUGAGUGAAGUUAAGUUAGCACAAGCGGAAAUACAUCAACAAUCAUGUGAAGCAGAACUUGAAGCACUAAAGGCGAAGUCGAACGAUAAUAUUCCCGCUAGUUGUAUUCCAUUUGCCGAGUAUUCUGGAGUUCAUCAAAUAAAGGUUUCUGGCAUGGAUGCCUUUGAUGUUUUGUGCGAUAGUCAGUUUGCCGGAUCUGGUUGGAUAGUUAUUCAACAGCGAGUCGGUGGAGAUGAGAAUUUCAACAGGGAUUGGAACUCAUACCGUGAUGGCUUCGGUUCAUUCGAAAGUGAUUUUUUCCUUGGCUUGGAGAAAAUUCACCUUCUGACGAAAUGGCGUCGCUACGAACUUUUUAUACAUUUGGUUGAUGUAAAAGGCGGUGUAAGACAUGCUCGAUAUGACGACUUUAAACUUUCUGAUGAGGAGCAUGGUUACGCCUUGCAGUUGGGUGGAUUCAGUGGCAAUGUUUGGGAAGCGUUGCGAAGCGGUGAAAAAAUGAAGUUCUCAACAUUCGAUCGCGACAACGAUGCUUCAACUCACAAUUGUGCAGAUCUCUACAAGAGUGGCUGGUGGUAUUCCAAAUGUUAUAAUAGUAACUUAAAUGCUUUAUAUGGACCCGAUCUGAAUUGGUUCAAGAGUCAGCCAAUUAAAGAAGCUAAGAUGCUUAUACGCCCCAGAGAUUAG